GAGGGAGAGAGGGAGUGGGAGGAGGAGGAGGAGGAGAGGGAGCCCAACGACCAUUUAAAGCGAUAGCAAUCCCUGCCCUCUCCCCAGUGCUUGGCUGUUGGAGAGCGCGAGCGGCAAGCCAGGGAACCGGGAGCGCAAGCUGGUGCGCGGGCCAGCGGAGCCACAGUGCCAGGUGCCAAAGACUGGCUGACGCCCUGGGACACCCCCACCCUCUCCUGCUGCACCUCCUCGGUCUCCUCCACCCUCUGUGCCUACAGAAGUCCCUGGGCUUCCCCCAAAGGAGCUCACCUCCAGAAGCCCGGACCUGGGAGAGCCCACCAGCAUACCCUCCAGCGCCGCCGCCGCCGCUACCGCAGCAGCAUCCGGAGCGGCAUGGUCCAGCUGGGGAAGCUGCUCCGCGUCCUGACUUUGAUGAAGUUCCCCUGCUGCGUGCUGGAGGUGCUCCUGUGCGUGCUGGCGGCGGCGGCGCGCGGCCAGGAGAUGUACGCCCCGCACUCGAUCCGGAUCGAGGGGGACGUCACCCUUGGGGGGUUGUUCCCAGUGCACGCCAAGGGUCCCAGCGGAGUGCCCUGCGGCGACAUCAAGAGGGAGAAUGGGAUCCACAGGCUGGAAGCUAUGCUUUAUGCCCUGGACCAGAUCAACAGCGAUCCCAACCUGCUGCCCAAUGUAACGUUAGGCGCGCGGAUCCUGGACACUUGUUCCAGGGACACUUAUGCGCUCGAACAGUCGCUCACUUUCGUCCAGGCGCUUAUCCAGAAGGACACCUCCGACGUGCGUUGCACCAACGGAGAGCCCCCGGUUUUCGUCAAGCCAGAGAAAGUAGUUGGAGUGAUUGGGGCUUCGGGGAGCUCCGUCUCCAUCAUGGUAGCCAACAUCUUGAGGCUUUUCCAGAUCCCUCAGAUUAGUUAUGCAUCCACGGCCCCUGAACUCAGUGAUGACCGGCGCUAUGAUUUCUUCUCCCGAGUGGUCCCACCGGAUUCCUUCCAAGCCCAGGCGAUGGUUGACAUUGUAAAGGCUUUGGGCUGGAAUUACGUGUCUACUCUUGCAUCUGAAGGAAGCUAUGGAGAGAAAGGUGUGGAGUCCUUCACACAGAUUUCCAAAGAGGCAGGUGGGCUCUGCAUUGCCCAGUCCGUGAGAAUCCCCCAAGAGCGCAAAGACAGGACCAUUGACUUUGAUAGAAUUAUCAAACAGCUCUUGGACACUCCCAACUCCAGGGCCGUCGUGAUUUUUGCCAACGAUGAGGAUAUAAAGCAGAUCCUUGCCGCCGCCAAAAGAGCUGACCAAGUAGGCCAUUUUCUCUGGGUCGGGUCAGACAGCUGGGGUUCCAAAAUCAACCCACUGCAUCAGCACGAAGAUAUUGCGGAAGGAGCCAUAACAAUCCAGCCUAAGAGGGCAACCGUGGAAGGAUUCGAUGCUUACUUCACAUCCCGGACACUUGAAAACAACAGGAGAAAUGUAUGGUUUGCUGAAUAUUGGGAAGAAAACUUCAACUGCAAGUUGACAAUUAGUGGGUCCAAAAAAGAAGACACAGAUCGCAAAUGCACAGGACAGGAGCGAAUUGGAAAAGACUCCAAUUAUGAGCAGGAGGGUAAAGUACAGUUUGUGAUCGAUGCUGUCUAUGCCAUGGCCCAUGCUCUUCAUCACAUGAAUAAGGAUCUGUGUGCUGACUACCGCGGAGUGUGCCCAGAGAUGGAGCAAGCAGGGGGCAAGAAGUUGUUGAAGUACAUCCGCAACGUUAACUUCAAUGGUAGUGCUGGAACCCCAGUAAUGUUUAACAAAAAUGGGGAUGCUCCAGGGCGUUAUGACAUCUUCCAAUACCAGACAACAAACACCACCAACCCUGGUUAUCGUCUCAUUGGGCAGUGGACAGAUGAACUUCAGCUCAAUAUAGAGGACAUGCAGUGGGGCAAAGGAGUCCGAGAGAUCCCAUCCUCUGUGUGUACAUUGCCAUGCAAGCCUGGGCAAAGGAAGAAGACACAGAAGGGAACGCCUUGCUGCUGGACCUGUGAGCCCUGUGAUGGAUACCAGUAUCAGUUUGACGAGAUGACCUGUCAGCAUUGUCCCUACGACCAGAGGCCCAAUGAGAACCGAACUGGCUGUCAGAACAUCCCAAUCAUCAAACUGGAGUGGCACUCCCCCUGGGCUGUCAUUCCUGUCUUCCUGGCAAUGCUGGGGAUCAUUGCCACCAUCUUUGUCAUGGCGACUUUCAUCCGCUACAAUGACACACCCAUUGUCAGGGCAUCUGGGCGGGAACUCAGCUAUGUUUUAUUGACAGGCAUCUUUCUCUGCUAUAUCAUCACCUUCCUAAUGAUUGCCAAACCAGAUGUGGCAGUGUGUUCUUUCCGACGAGUCUUCUUGGGCUUGGGCAUGUGUAUUAGCUAUGCAGCCCUUUUAACAAAAACCAAUCGGAUUUAUCGCAUAUUCGAGCAGGGCAAGAAAUCGGUGACAGCUCCCAGACUCAUAAGCCCAACCUCACAACUGGCGAUCACUUCCAGUUUAAUAUCGGUGCAGCUUCUAGGUGUCUUCAUUUGGUUUGGGGUUGACCCCCCCAACAUCAUCAUAGACUACGAUGAGCAUAAGACCAUGAACCCAGAACAAGCAAGGGGCGUUCUCAAAUGUGACAUCACAGACCUUCAAAUCAUUUGUUCUCUGGGAUAUAGCAUUCUUCUCAUGGUCACAUGUACUGUGUAUGCCAUCAAGACUCGGGGCGUACCAGAGAAUUUUAAUGAAGCCAAGCCCAUUGGAUUCACUAUGUACACGACGUGUAUCGUAUGGCUUGCCUUCAUCCCAAUAUUUUUUGGCACAGCACAGUCAGCAGAAAAGCUCUACAUACAAACUACCACGCUUACAAUCUCCAUGAACCUAAGUGCGUCAGUGGCGCUGGGAAUGCUAUACAUGCCGAAAGUGUACAUCAUCAUUUUCCACCCUGAACUCAAUGUCCAGAAACGGAAGCGAAGCUUCAAGGCCGUAGUCACAGCAGCCACCAUGUCAUCAAGGCUGUCACACAAACCCAGUGACAGGCCCAACGGUGAAGCAAAGACAGAACUCUGUGAAAAUGUAGACCCAAACAACUGUAUACCACCAGUAAGAAAGAGUGUACAAAAGUCCGUAACUUGGUACACUAUCCCACCAACAGUAUAGCUUUUGACUGCUUUCCAAAAGGUAAGAAAACAAUCUCCUUCUCAUUUGUUUGUGUGUUAUUGUCUACACCAAAAAUAGAAAUGUUUUUUUUCUGAACAUCAUGCAUGACAAUGUGAGAUUCUAUCUUUAUGACAAAAUGAUAUGAAUAAUGAUCAUUUUCAUGAGCUCAGUGAUAGCUCCAGUUACCUGCCGGGUAUCUUUGCUGGAGAACAUGGUUAUGGGUGGGACAACUGGCCAGUUGCUUUAGAGAAUGUGUGCUGUUUAUUCUGACUCUGAGUCUACUUUAAAAUAAUUCAUGUCAACAAUUAUGUUAAAAUGUGAGGUUUUUAUAUCCUGACAGUAUGGACCACUGACAGGGAAAGAGGGAGCAUGCUUUACAAGUCAAGUGAAAAUAUCUACUUCAGUCAUUAUUACUUUGUACAUCAAAAUAAAUGUAUGCAUUUCUAGAAACGUUCAAAAAAUAGAAGUGACUGGUCCUACCAUUGUGAGACUAAUUGUCUUCUUUCUUUUUCUUUUUCUUUUUUUCUCCUUUCAUUCAUUUAUUCUUUUGUUCAACAAAUAACUACAGGAAAGUUUUAUGGCUGGGAUUAAUGAUCUGCCGAUCACAGUUCUUGUCUGAGAAAUCAAGCCAACUGUAGUAUUCUCUGAAACUAGAGAAGGGGGUCAAAGAAAGAUGACAAAGUUCUAAGGAAAAUACCAAAAUUAGCCAGAGGCUUUACCAUUUAAAAUCAUGUUUUGGAAACAAUGGAUUACGUGACUGUAUGAACUGGUCUUAUGAAUGAACUUCCUUGAAAGCAUCAAAUGACUGAUCAGUCAUGCUCAUAUGCUAUCUUGUUACCCCAUUAGUCAACAUAUGCUUGAAAAGACUAUUCUUAGUGGUGCUACUAGCCUUCUCAUUCCUGAAUGUCAGCUAAGCAAAUGGAAUCACAGUGAAAAACAACUCUUGCUUUCAGGAGGCUUUGCUAGAUGGAUUCAGGGCCUUCCAAAUGGUAGGAAAAAUAGAGGGGAGUCCAUGGAGAGGAAGGUGAAAGGCAGGGGGUAUGCCUCCACAGCUAAGAGUGUGCAGUGCUCAUAGAAGACUUGAGUUCUAUUCCUGUCACUCAGAUUGGAAGGCUCACAACUACUGCCCACUUCACUCCAGGAGUGUGAGGCCCUCUUCUGGCCUCCAUGGAUAUCAGAACUUGCAUGUAUAUUAUCACACACACACACACACACACACACACACACACACACACACACACAUGUAAAAUAAAAGUUGAAAAUAUGAAGUAGAUUGGACUGGAAGAUUUCCUUCUGAUUGUCAACAGCUGGAAGGCCUAUCUUUAGAGAUCUCCGAAUGUGAGGCCCUGCAAUGGAAAGUAACAUUUUGUUUAGCAAUGCUUAGCUACUAGCCUUUCUCUUUGUGAGUCUCUGUCAUGGGACUUCUGUCAGAUCACUGCCUGACUCCUACAAUAUGUUUUUUUUAAAUGAUAUUCUGCAUGCAAAUAGUAUCUUGGCCUUAAAAAUUCUACUUAGUACUCAAAGGCAGGAUACAAUUACUUUCGGAGAGUAAUUACAUUUCUUGUUGAUUUUAGAUGGAUGUAACAUCUCAGUCUUUAAUUUCAGAUGUAUUGUUUCCAUAGUUAUUUCCUUUUCCCGUAUCAACAUGAUCUGUCCUAGAUUUUAAAUAGGGCAUUCUUCCCUACAGUGAAUAUGUAACUGUACCCCAGUGAGAUUUCAAGUCUCUGCAGUACAAUUGCUUGUCAAAACACUGUGAUGCAGCUCCUCAUUUAACAGUUCUUUUGCAGGAGACCUCCUGAAAAUAAAUGAGAAAGAAUUAUCCCCAGGAAAAAAAAGAUAGAUUAAAUAUCCAUCUAUUAAAAUUUUUCUUAGCUCCAUUCUCAGUUGGUGCCUUUAGGUUUAAAGGGAGUAAUAGGAAACUGUGAAGUUUAUCUUCCAGCCAAAAGAUAUUUCUAGGGUUCUGCAUGUUGGCUUGUUAAGGUAGGGAGCUUGCUGCCAAGCUUGAUGACCUCCAUUACAUCCUGAGAUCUACAUGAUAGGAGAGCAGAGUCCCACAGAUUGACCUGUG